UAUCCUAAAUCUCAUUUCCCCGUCCUUGUUGUUUCCUGAGACUUUUGUAACCACUUCUUUUGGUAAUGAAUGAACGUUCUCUCGAUAAAAAAAAAACAACCCCUAUAUGAAUAUCAUACCGGCGGUAAAGUUCCAGCCCUACUAGUGAAGAAAUGAAAUUCACAUAAGUGGGAAUCUGCUGACUGACGGGAAAAGAACAGUGGAUUCUCGGGCUCCGCAUCUCUCUCUCCACCCUCCUCAAGUCGUCCAUCCCCAAAUCGCGCGCCCGCCAAUUUCAAUCCCACGGCCCAUCCACCCUCGACGCACGCCGUGGCUGACGGUGGUUAUUCCAUCACCUCCCACCACCGACGUCUCCGUCUUCGUCUUCUCCCUCUACUUUCGCCACUCCCUUAGCUCGAGGUAUCGUGACAAACGGGGAGAGAAACAUAAAGAGAGAAAUGGCAUCAUCCGCCCACCAAAUCGAAUCGGAUUCUCACUCCCUCGUUUAACCCCUCCACUCCACCACCACCUCCCACUCUUCAAUCUCUCCCCAAAUCGAAUCGAUCAGCUCCUUCCCCAUCUUUCGCUGCUUCCCAAUUUCUAUCUUCUACAACUUCAUCCCCUUCUGAUACCAAUUCCUGGUUAGUGAGAUGGCUGGAGAAGGAUCGGUGUUCGCUCCGUCACUGGAAGGGAUGAAGCAUGUCAAGUCGGAGCAAGGGGAAAUGCUCACCAAGCCCUUUCUGGAUGUCUGCAAAUUGAUCCUCCCCGUGAUCGAUAAGUUUGGAGCUGCUUUGGCGAUUGUGAAAUCUGAUAUUGGCGGCAAUAUCACGAGGUUGGAAACGAAGUAUUCAUCUGAUCCAACAAAAUACAAGCUCUUAUACAGUAUGAUCCAAGAGGAGGUUCAAGCCAAAACAGCAAAAGGAUCAUCGAGUUGCACUAACGGUCUACUUUGGUUAACCAGAGCUAUGGAUUUCUUGGUGGAAUUGUUCCGCAAUUUGCUUACACAUCAAGAUUGGACAAUGAGCCAAGCUUGUACAGAUUCAUACAGCAAGACUCUGAAAAAGUUCCAUGGCUGGCUUGCUAGUUCAAGUUUCUCGGUUGCAAUGAAACUUGCUCCUGACAGAAAGAAGUUCAUGGAUGUGAUAUCUGGAAAGGGUGACAUCAAUGCUGACAUAGAUAGCUUCUGUUCAACCUUUUCCCCAUUCCUUGCAGAGAAUCACAAGUUCCUGGCGAGUGUUGGCAUGGAUGACCUUAAGGCUUCCUAGAUUUGUCGGCAAAGCAAAAACUGAUAUGGUUGAAGCAUGAGUGACUUUACUUAAUCUGUUUUUCCUUCUAUCAUGGAGAGUGUUGAAGUUAGAUGCUUUGGAUGACAUGUUACACCAUAACAAAAGGUUUCACUAGCUUUAGCUUCAUCCUUGCUGUUAUAUGUUGAGGGGCACACAAAUAGCUGGAUACUGUUGGCUUCAGUUGAUACAUCAGAUGCCCGUUUAAAUAUUUGAUAUCGUUUCCUUGGUGCAUGAGUCCUGAUAUAUCAAGUUCCAGGGCAGAAUUGAGAUCAAAGGAUUAUUAUGAGGAAUAGCAGAUUGGGCAGCAUAAUUAUUUCUCUUUCUGCC